ACACUUCAUAACUGGAUAACGUGCUGCGAGUCAGUGUUAAUAUUAGUCCUGUGGUUAUACAAUGGCACACGGCGGCCUACACUGCCGCAGCGCGUCGGUCUUUCAAACCGCCGUCUGUUUGACAAUUACAGCUUCCAGGGAAUGGAAGGAAAAGAACUGGCGCACCCAGAAUUUCAAAGCUCUUCGUGUUAAUUGUUAUGAAUCAGUGUGCCAACAGUGUGGUGGCAGUGAGUGCGACACCCUUGUGCGACGGCUUUGUGCGGCUUGUAGUUAGUCGCGGAUAAAAAGCCCUCUUGACCUUGUUUAUUCAUUCUCAGACUCCCUCGGUUUUCCAACGCCCAUCCUGUUACAGAUCUAAUGUCUACAUCCACCCUUUCGCAGAUUCGUUCUUCAGCUUCAUAUCAUCUUUCUCUUCUUCAAACGCUUGAAUCACUACAAUACGCACCUUCUGCCCUGAAUCAGCAAUCGAAAUACUUGCGCGAUUUGCAGGCCGAGCUGGCUUCUGUGAAGAAAGAAGUGAAGCAACUGGGUGAAAAGACCAAGAAGGAAAGGAAGGAACAUGAGGAGCUAAGGGACUCAACUACCCGAAGGCUAGCAGCAAGAUUGAAAGGAAAGUCAGGAUUGGAGAAAUUUGAAGCCAAGAAGGAAAAGGAAGAAAGGGAAUACGUUGUGGCGUUGGAAAACGAAAUGCGCGAACGAGGUAAACAGACGAUGUUAGAGAAUAUGAUUGAAGAGGCGAGGAAAGUGAAAUCGGAUCUCGAAGAAAAAUCCAAUCGAUUAGAGUUAACUAAGAAGGAGUUAUCGAAUCUCUAUCAUCAGGUCUUCGAUGGUCCAACAUUAGAAUUCCCCCGUGACGAUGUGCUUGAACGAGAAUUGGCCUCCGCGCAAGCAACGUAUGAUCGAGUUCAGGCCGUUCUAAAUUCACAUUCCCAAGCUGUGAAUCUACUUGGACAAGCAGAUAAGAUGCUGGGGAUGUCAUUAAAGAAGAUGGAUGAGGCUUUAGGCUAUUCAACCUGGGAUAUCUACGGUGGCGGCAGUAUUUCCGAUAUGAUGGAGCGCGAUGCCCUCGCUAACUCUGCUGUGUACGCGGCCAAGGCAGAAAUGCUCCUCAAUCAAGCCCGGAGCACAUCAGGCGAUGUUCAGACCAUUGGGCCAUUGAGGAUCUCUCUUCGGAGAUGUCUUUUUCGAUAAUGUGUUUUCCGAUAUCAGGGCGCAUCAUACAGAGUAACAGAGAUGAGUUAGCGGCUGCACAUAAGAGGCUGAAAGGACAACUUCGCGCCG